GUCUCUCUGGGAGUUGUACUGGGGUUUAGGACUGCGGGUGGGGAGCUGGGCUCAGAGAGAGAGGACACACACCCUAGCGCAUCAUGAGGACCCUAACACUGUUGGUGCUCGGUUUGGCUCUUACAUGUGCAGCUGCAACAAAGCCUAAAACUCUGUUCAAACAGUAUCGCUCAUGGAACUCACGGAUGUAUCCCGUGUGGAGAGAUGGAGAUGCACGAUUCAGAAACUGCUGGUUUGGUGGUGAAGUUACUUUUGAUCUCAAAAACGAUGCACCUACCCUGACCGGGGCCAAAGCAACCUUUACCAUUGACCUUCGUUUCCCACCAAAUCAAACGGUGCUUCCUAACGGGCAAGUGAUCUGGGCGCGUAACUGCACCGUCAACGGAAAAGAGUAUCAACAAGGUCAGGAUGUGUACCCUGACCAAGAUCCUGACUGGACUGGGGUCUUCCCUGAUGGCACGCCAUUCAUCAGGAGACAGAACAAGAAACCACGCUAUGUGUUUGUGUGGAAGACAUGGGGGCGUUACUGGCAGGUGGCAGAUGGACCCUCCUCAUCACUCAGCAUCGGUACAGACAAUGUUCCCCUGGGCUCUUACAACAUGGAGCUAGUCAUCUAUCACUGCCGUGGCAAGGACAAGUUCAUUCCUCUUGGCUAUGCCUCCACAGUAUUCACCAUCACAGACCAAAUUCCAUUCACCAUAUCACUCAGCCAAAUCAAUGAUGUCAACCAGGACGACCAGAACUUCAUCCAGAAUCGAGCUAUUGCUUUCAGCGUCAACAUCCAUGAUCCCAGCCAGUACCUCAGUGCCUCAGACGUCACCCUCACCUGGGACUUUGGUGACAAUAGUGGAACUCUGAUCUCAAGCGAGCGCAUGGUCACACACACCUACCUCUCACCAGGGACAUACAAGCCUCAGGUGAUCCUGAUGGCAAGCAUCCCCAACGGCUGUGGAAAUCCCACUGCUGCAGUUCCUAUUGAUGCCUCUGCUGUUCCAGCAGUAGUUGUGAUGGCCUCCACCCCUGCACCCGCUCCAACAGCAAACCCACUAACACCAACCCAAGGAGGAGAUGCCAUUGCUCUGGAUGUGCCUGCCUCUGAGGCCACCCAGGCUGAUGACCUUUCACUCGCUGCUUCUGUAGCACCAGUUGAAGCAGCAAGCACAGCCGCGAACACAGAGGAUGGAGAGGCAGUUAUUGAUGCAGCCCCAGAGGGGGUGGAGGUUGCUUCAGUAGCCCCUGUAGGUGUCGAUGCAGCUGUUGCCCCUGUGGAACAAGACCCAGCCAUUACUGUCACCGCAGCAAACACUGUUGCUCCUCCUGCAGAGGUAGAUGAUACUGCAGAGGGUGCGGAUGCUGCAGCAGGUGAUGUGGCCACAGCUGCCCCUGUUGCCCCUGCAACUGAGGAGCCAGUAAAUGCUGAUGCAGCUGAAAACACAUUAGCUGCAGAUGCAGAUGCAGUUGAAGUGCCAGUGGUUGACACCGCUGCUUCAGUCGCUCCUGUUGCAGAGCAAGAGGAAACAGCAGUUGACUUGGGGGAGACAGUCUCUCUCGCUCCAGAGGUCACUGAUGUUGUCACUGUUGCUCCUGCAGCAGACGUAGCUGUAGAGCAAGAGACUGAUGUUGUGACUGAUACUACUGCUGCAACAGAAGUAGUCCAGGCUGGCACAGAAGCCCCUGCUGAUAACGUUAUAGUUCCUGCAGCCACUGAGAGCACAGCUGUGGUACAGGCGGCAGCUGAUCCUGCAGGUGAUGCUGAGACUGAAACACUGGACGCAGUGAAUGAGGCCACUGCAGAACAACCUGCAGUCAACGAAGAAGCUGUUCCAGCUGAAGAUGAGGUUCAAGCAGCGGUGGAAAUUGACACUGAGACGGAUCCAGCACAGGUUGCUCUUGUUGUGGCCAAAAGGCAAGCUCCAGAGCUGACAGCUGACUGCUUGGUCCACCGUUACGGCUCCCUCUCCACCUCUGUAGAUAUUAUCGAGGGAAUUGAGAGUGUGGAGAUUGUGCAGGUUACCAGUGUGGUUUCCAUGGCUACCGAGCUGGAGCAGAAUGCUGUGGAUCUCACCAUCACCUGUCAAGGAAGUCUGCCAAAUGAGGUUUGCACUGUGAUUUCGGAUGCUGACUGUAUCACACCGGUGGAAACAGUGUGCAAUGCGGCCACACCAUCUCCAGACUGUCAAAUGAUCCUUCGUCAGUUCUUCAAUGACUCAGGAGUAUUCUGCAUUAAUGUCUCUUUGACCAAUGAUGUCAGUCUCGCUGUGGCCAGUGCUAGAGUCAGCGUGACAGUAGGCUCCGGUACAUCUCCAGCUGGCGCUACAGCUACAGUGUUGGGUGUUUUAGUUGUUGCCUGUGUCGUUGGUAGCAUUGCUUUAAUGUACAGGCGGUUCAAGCAGUAUCAACCACUAAGGGAAGAUCAUGCUACCAGUACUGGAGGCAGCUCUACAAUAACGUCAGUGCCUUUGCUGUUGUGGAACUUGCUGAGCCGACAAUCACCAGGAGAGAGCCGCCCGCUGCUUCAGGGCAGGGUGGUUUGAAGGUUAUGUCACCUCCUGCUGUCAGCAUCUACAAGUGCAUUGGCUUUACACACAAUACUUUAACUGUAAUAAUCCUGUAAACCCCAGUUAACGUGUGAAACCAGAACCAACCACCCUAACCUAUAGAUUGACUGAGGCAACCCCCUGUGUAUCAAGAUAUAAAAUUAAUUGAAAGUUAAAACAUUUCAAAGGAACCUGAUAAGUAUUUAUUUUGACUUGCGGUACUUUCUAUUCAUUGUCACUGAUGGUUUAUGAAAAGUUUAGUAACUUAUUCUCAUGUUUACAGCAUAUCUGUACUAAGUCUUUGCAAUAAUCAUUACUUUGUAUUUCCAGUUCCUUUUGAAUUUAAUUUGAAUCACUAACAUCACAGCACUUUUUCAUGUUUGCUACCCUGAAAUGAAUAAAAUGGAACU